AUGCCAGAUCUUGAACCACCUAGCGAGGGAAGCGUAUCGGAACUCAUGCGAAAGCGCGUCCAAUCAUUCACGACUGAGCCUCUACAUUCAGCGGCCUAUCUGAACGACGUUGUCAGAUACCUGGGUGACAAGCCUCCAGCCUCGGCUCGCUAUCGAGUACCGUCACCUACGCCAAAAGAGAGCAACUUUCUCUACGCAUACAAGAUCCCCGAAUCUCGUCUACCGCAAGCUAUUUCAUACUCCCAAGCAUCCGAUUUUCUGACGAAGAAUGUCAAUCAAGCGGAUCUGGACCUUUUGUUCUUCACUGGUUCUCCAUCUUCGGAAUGGAUGGAAGUACUAGUCGAUCGUCUUCAUGUGGAUGUGCGCUUUCUUCACAGCCAUCUCGACUUUAUUCCCAAUGCACAGCGCGAUUGGCAUACGGGCUCUAAUCUGCCCUCGCGCAACCGGCAAGACUUUCGAUUACUCAUUCCGUCUAUAGUCUUUGUGGGAACUGAAGGCAACAGUCUUUCAGUCGAUCAGUUGCACGCUGCUCGGAGAUCCUGUGCUUCUCAGCUUGAGAAAAGAGCCAAUGUUUUACUCUCAGGUGGGGCAAAACCUCAUGGCCAGUCGAUAUUCAGGCAGGUUAAUGUCCACCGUGGGGACGCCAUUGUUGUGGAGCAGAUUAUAUCGAUAGCGGUAACAGGAAUUGGCAAAGCUCGGAAAGUCAUUGUCUGGUCAGAUGCUGGCGCCGAUGCAGGCGAUAUCCCAAUCCCAGAUACGCCGGAUUUCAAAGGUCAUUCACCGAUACCUAAACCAGGAAACACGUCUAAGACCAUCGAACAUUGCCCAAUUUUCUUUGAGAGAGAUAUGUCACAAUCUUUCGGAUUACAGACUGCUGUUGAUCAAAAUGAUAACUCUAGGUCUACUCUGCAGCCACUGGCAGUAUUGCCUUCGCGUUAUGGCGAGACUAUGGACUGGACAACGACUCGUGCCGACCCUUUGCUGAUGCUACAAGAACUCUUCUAUUUCCAGACGGCUGCUGCUUGCCAGUAUCUUGACAUGCUCCGCAAGCUCAUUAGCGGCUGGACUGCACAGCUGCAUCCCACUGGUGACAGUGAUCCGACCAUGGAAUUUAUCAUACACUUUGAAUACACGAAAACGGUACUGGUUCGUUGGUCCACACACUUUGAUAUGUUACUACUGCGUCUUGAAGACCACCUAUCUCAUGAUCCGGAACUCACCCCUGAGCAAAGGCGACUCCGCCAAACGUCAUUCUCACCCAUCAAAAAGGAUAUAGAGUAUCUGCAGAAAGAGGCCGAAACGCUCAUCAACCUUUGUGAAUCAGGCAAGGCUACCAUUAUGAGCAGCUUUUCGGUCUACGCAUCAAAGCGCGCACAAAAAGAGUCCAGCUUAGUGACUCAACUCACCAAGACUACCAAUCGGAUUACGCUCAUAUUCCUCCCCAUUUCACUGGUCACAUCCGUGUUCGGCAUGAAUUUUAAACAACUUGGCCAGGGACCGUUGAGCAUAACCCUUUGGGCGGCUGUUACCAGCAGUGCCGCUAGCGUGAUUAUCGUUCCAGGCGUCUCAGCCGAUGCACUGGACAAGCAUACCUGCUACCACUUCGAAGAACUCAUGAAAAAUUGGUGUGCCGCACCUAACGUUUGGGUCUAUGAUCAUGGCGUCCAUCUGGAUACCCCACAAAGUUGGAAUCCUUUUUGCGAUUGCGGUGAGGAUCUCUUGUCCGAAUUGCUCAGCCUCAUCGAGCAGCAACCUCAGCUGGAAUUUGUGCUGAUAGGCCAUCGUCUCGGAGCUUUCAUCUUGAAAAAGGCUUUGUUACUUGCUUAUCGCCAAAAACAUCACGAACAAUACAUAUCACUAUUCGAAGCUUUGCGCACUCUCAUCAUGAUCGGUGAGCCAUACCUGGACAGUGAGGAUCGCACACAAUGGUCUUCACUCGUGCAAGACAGCCUGGAGUCUACGAAGGGAUCAUUGCCCGAGACAUUCUCUGUAGAAGCUCUUACAUGUCUCAAAUUCAUUGAAGAGAAGUUUGAGCAACUUCAGAUCAACUCACAGUUCUUUCAGGUCUCAGGAAAGCCAUCCAAACGGAAAGGCCUUCACCGCACCAGGCUCAAAGCCAAGAAUUGUGUGUGUGAUGGUAGUGUGAACGUUAGAUUGUGGACGACUCAGGACGACGACGAGGCAGUUAUCGAAGGACUUGAAAACAACAGCAAAUGUAUCUUCAGCUCGAAAAGUGGAUGGCGCGGACUUCUAGGGUUAAUCACAGCAGGUGAAUGGGUCAAGGAGCGUCUUCCAGCUACGGAGGAAAAUGCACCUCUAGCAGUCGCCGAUGUUGCUUCCACCAGAACAGAAAGCGUCAUAAUGGAGACAGCUCCCUGUAAUCCGGUGAACCACGCUGGCGCUACUGUGACAGCAUGUACAGAAGCAGCAGUCCCACCGGAUGUCGUGAGCCAAGCUUCGGACAAGCAUAUCUCUGUGGAGUCUGGAAACCAUGUCAGUGGGGGUCAUCCCAUCACCGAAAAUGGCUCAAGGUCGAUGAUGGUUCAUCAACAUUCUGUGGAGACAUCUCCUACUGCUCCAUCGAGCGUUAACUCUGAUCACGACUUGAUUGGAGGCCGCAUUGAUCCGCUUUCGGAAUGUACAGAUCUGUACACGUCUGACAUCGAAAACGUAGAUCGAGAUAUGGAAUCACCCUCUAUUCUGUUGAGAAGUACGACGUCACAAUCGAGCACAAGCAAAGAUCUAUCAUCACCUGAUAUAUCUCAUGGUAUCUUUGUGGAAGCACCCAAUAUCGCACGUCAGCGAUCUCGACCACUUCCGCUGAGACUUUCGUUACCACCUACAUGUGGGUUUUACUUUCCUCGCAAAGAUGCGACCACAUGGCUAGAACGGCUGCUGUUUCAGGAGUCUUCUGGGCAAGGAAAUCAAGCAUUGAUGAGGAAUGCUACAACAGUCGCAGUGCUUCAUGGCACGGCUGGCGUGGGCAAAACGCAAAUAGCCCUUAAUUUUGCACGAUCAGCACAGUCGCGUUUCGAUGCAGUUUUCUGGUUGAGAGCAGACAGCAAACAAAGCAUUCUCCAGAGUUUCCAUGAUAUUGCCAUUGCACUUCGACUCAUAAAUGGUCGACGAAACUACAGUCACACGCAAAGUGCUGGACUGGUUAUGGAGUGGCUCGCAAAACCUGAAACACAAUGGCUUCUCAUAUUUGACAACGCGGAUGAAGUCGACAUCAUCGCGCCUUACAUCCCAGAAAGCAAGAACGGGGCGACUGUCAUCACAACUAGGCAUCCAGAACUAAGAUCACCAAGUGCUACCUCGCCUGCCUUCUACCACGUUCAACCUUUAUCAAUCACCGACAGCCAAAGCUUUCUCCAACGAUCCACACAUCUAAAGUUGGAAGACGUAAACACCGAGCAAGGGCAUGAACUCUUGAGACUAUUGGAUGGACUUCCCCUAGCGUUGGCUGUGAUAUCGAGUUAUAUCGAGCUUAGACGGCUGAGUAUCGAAGACUUUUGGAAAAUUUAUGAGCAGAAAAAGAAAACUGGCGGUCAUGAAGCUUCUCAGAUGCCUUCAGAUGCAUCAGUCGUCAACAAUAUAUGGACUCCCCCGUUAGCGAAGCUAUCUCCCGAUGCCAGGCGGCUCAUGGCUGUUCUAUCCUACAUGGAUCCUGAUGCUGCUCAUACCUCCCUAGUCCGGGCUGUUUUUGAAAGAACUCUCUCUCCAGAAGAUUCAGAUAGCGUUGACUUGCGUUUCAUCGAAGCAUCCCAUGAUCUCGCAAAUCUCGCAUUGAUCGACAAACCCGAAGGAGGCACUGUCUUCACGAUGCACAGACUCAUGCAAAUGGUAACGCGGCAGUAUAUUAGUCAAAAUGAGACACGUGAAAUCUAUAAAGCCCUCACAUACGUUUGGGGUACGCAAUGGCCUAGUGAUCGAAAGUUCCCAAACGUUCUACAUGGAUUCUGGGCGGAGUUUGACGAUAUCAUGAAUCAGCUAUGGCGCAUGACCGAUCAUGUAUCUUCAUCAGUACUGUCUCUAAAUGCUCUCGACGAGUAUAUCGAUGAGUCCUUUCCAAGGACUGCCCUCGGUUGUAUAUGGUACGAUCGGAGAGUCCGCAAAAACAACAAUGACUACCGCAACUUGGCACGCUGUGCAGCGGCAUUGAUCGAGCUUCCCAAGAUGCGCUUAGAGGAUUCGGGUCAACCCACAUCGAAAGUGUCGUACAUGCCACGGCGUCUCGUACGUAUCAACCAUCGGCGUCAAAGAUGGAAGCUCGUAGAUACCGGAGGUAGGACACUGAGCUAUCUUGCUCUCGGUCUUGACUUCAACUGUAACGAAGGCGAUCCGGUGCUGACCGAAUCCAAUCUCCACACAUUUCGGGAAGGCGUCGCAUUAUCGCAAAUGCCGAAAUCAUUUCGCGAUGCGUGUGUUUUCUCCGGAUUGUGCCUAACCAGAUACAUAUGGAUAGACACACUCUGCAUCGAUCAAAGCAAUCACGAGGAAACAGCAUGUGAAGUCGGCAAUAUAGCGAACAUAUAUCAGAGUGCUGCCGUAACGAUCUUCCCUCAUUCUCAACUAAAACUCCAACGCAAUCAGGUCAAUUGGGGUCGCUACGAUGUGCUGUGUGGGCAAUCAUCACUUCAAAAACGACUCUGGCAUAUCCAAGAGUGCCUGAUCAGACCGAACAGUCUCAAAAGCCUCGCUUCUGCCGUCGGUCCAGAAGUUUUCGCCAACAUCGAACCAUAUGUUGAAAGCAAUGUGGAUGCUUUUUCCUGUAGCGAAUUUCUAUCGAUGUCUGAUACACUCGCGCCCCAGGCCAGCGGCAAAACGCAGCCGCUUUUGGAACGACCAACAAAGCCUAGCAACGAUAUCACCCUCGAACCAACUGAGGAGUCAUCCUCAUCGGAAAAACCAAACGAAGACGCCAGUCACGAACCGUAUGCAAUCGCUACUGCGUGGUCGUGCAUUAAUGAAGGUGUAGAAGACUACUCACACAACAACAAACUUCGAGCCGUUACGAAACUGGUACGAGCCCGAGAACUGAUCAAGGCACCAUGCAUGGCAUCAUAUGAUGCAUUACGAGUCGAUCUCCAAGCAGCGACGUAUCUCGCACGCAUAUUUCUUACAGAUGGUAGCGCAGAAGCCGCUAUGGAUCUGCUCAACAAUGUCAAGGUGUCGAAGGAGAUAGGGGAGAGUCGAGAGAAUAACUUCGCUACCAUCAUGGCUCAACUGCGCAUCGUGAAAGGAGAUGUUUUCAUCGCAAGUGGGAAUACAUCAGAUGCAUUGAACACUUAUCGCAAGAACAUCGAUGCCAUCGACGAAGAUCAAGAAGGAGAUAUCGCUGACUUGGCCGCCAUCUCCAAGCUUCGUCUAUCGAAUUGCAAUAUGACGCAAAGUGAUUGGAAGGGAGCACAUGCACUUAUCAAAGAAGUAACCACCCACUUCGAGGAGCAAGAUAGUAAACAGGGACAAGCGCAAUAUGCGCGCGCGUUGUACCACCAAGCUGUGUUAUACAAGGGAGAGAACAAAGAGAAGUUUCGGAAGAGGAGUAUGGCAGCUGCGCGACAGGCUUUAGAAGAGCUCUGUGAAGAGCAUGAUUUGGACAUGCCGGCAACGAAUCGUGAGCUGGAAAGAGAUGAUUUUGAGACUGUGAUAGAGCUUGGGUUUCUAUAA